CGGCAGGCUGCGCUGGUCCAUAAAUCGAACGCACCCGCCCUUCGCCUUCAUAGGGGGAGCUCGUCAAGUUUGUGUGAAGUUGUGAAAAGUUGUCAACUCGAAAAAAGACCAGAGAAACUCCUCCCGUCUUCAAAUUAUGAGCAAUCAGCAGCAGCAGGGUGAAAUGGCCGCUGUGGAGAGCGGUGGAGGCUUCAGUCAAAAGCGAAACACAAAUUCACAAGACUCACAGCAGCCAUCUCCUCUCGCCUUGUUGGCAGCCACAUGCAGUCGAAUUGACACCCCAGGAGAGAACGAUUCACCUGCAGACCAACAAAACCAGCAGCAACAGCUGGACCUAAACCAGGGUGUUUACACCUCCAGUGCCAACGGCUGGCAGGUUAUCCCUCUCAGCGUUCAAACAUCCUCAGGCACUAACACCAUCACCACCGACUCCUCAGGGGUGAUGACAGAAGGAGACACAGGCAAGAGCAGACAGGUGCUGUCACCAUCAGUAGCUAUUGCAAGCACUCAGGGACAGCAGCAGCAGCCACAGCAAUAUGUAGUAGCUCAGGCUCCAUCAGUGCAGGGUCAGCAGCUCCUUACCACCAUAUCAGGUAUGAUGCCCAACAUUCAGUAUCAGGUUAUUCCCCAAUUUCAGACAGUAGAUGGCCAGCCACUGCAGUUGGCACAGCAGGAUUCUGCGGCAGGACCAGGGCAGCAGUUUCAGAUAGUGUCCUCUCCCAAUGGCCAGCAGAUCAUAGCUGCAACCAACAGAGCUGGUGCAGCAGGAAACAUCAUAACGAUGCCCAGUCUCCUUCAGGGAGCUAUCCCCAUUCAAAAUAUAAGCUUAGGCAAUGGCAUGUUUCAAAACCAGCCCCAGUUCCUGGCAAAUAUGCCUGUGUCACUCAAUGGAAACAUCACUUUCUUGCCCCUCAGUACUGGAACAAGCAGUACAGGGGGAGAUGGGAAUGGUGGAGGGGAUACAGGGGGAAACCAACUUGUACAGCAAUCGCAAUCGCAACAUCCAGUGUCCAGCGGGACAGGUUACAUGACAAGUGCAUCCACCGUCACCACGCAGACUUCUACUUCUUAUGGAAUGGCCCAAACGCAGAACAGCAAUGGAGUGACAUUCCAGCAUAACACAGCAUCUUCUCUAGGUGUCCCGAUACAGCCAGACAACCGAGAUGGGCAGCAGCCACAGCAGAUCCUUAUCCAGCCUCAGCAGGUCAUCCAAGGUGGAACGCCCCUCCAGACCAUCCAGGCCGGUACUGUCACGACCGCUGGCGGUCAGGUAUUUGCGGCUCCAACACUCAGCCAGGAAGGACUUCAAAAUCUUCAAAUUAUGCCAAACACAGGCCCCAUCCUCCUGCGCACUGUAGGCCCCAAUGGCCAGGUGAGCUGGCAGACCAUUCAGAUUCAGAGUCCGACAGGACAGCAGAUCACGCUGGCCCCAAUGCAGUCCCUCCCCCAACUUGGCCAGGCUCAGGGAGCUGCUGCAGCUGGAGGAGUAUCUGUCAACACAGUGCAGAUCCCAGGCAUCCAGACCAUAAAUCUCAACACACUUGGAGGCUCUGGGCUGCAGAUGCACCAACUGCAGACUGUUCCCAUCACCAUCACCAGUGCAGGAGAGCAGGCUUUACACACAGGUGGAGAAAGUUUGGAUGAUAGCACAGCUAUGGAUGAUGAGGAUAUAAGCCCACCACCUCAAGGACGACGUAACCGCAGGGAAGCCUGUACCUGCCCCUUUUGCAAGGAUGGAGAAGGACGUGACCCAACUAAAAAGAAGCAGCAUAUUUGUCACAUCUCUGGCUGUGGGAAGAUCUACGGCAAGACAUCCCACCUGAGAGCCCAUCUCCGUUGGCACACAGGAGAACGACCCUUCGUCUGUAGCUGGUCUUUCUGUGGCAAACGAUUCACCCGUUCAGAUGAGCUUCAGCGUCAUAAGAGGACGCACACAGGUGAGAAAAGGUUUAUUUGCCCAGAGUGUCCCAAACGCUUCAUGCGCAGCGAUCACCUCUCCAAGCACAUCAAAACCCACUUGAACAAGAAACCAGUGGCCAGCAGCUCCACAGGCUCGACUGAUGCUGCUUCCCCUGCGGCAGGAACAAAAGUCGAAACAGGAGCAGUAACAGCCAAUGACCAGCACACCAUUGUCACCAUGGAAACCUUAUCUGCAGAGAGCAUAGCUCGAUUAGCUAGCAGUGGGAUCAACAUGAUGCAGGUGGACCUUAACCAAAUUAACGGCAACAGCUACUAAGGACGGCGAAGAAGUGGGAAGACGGCCUUGGCGGAUGUUGCAUUUGGACAUUUGGGGUUAAAAAGGGCACGUCUGACUGGAGAUGCAGAACCUCUCAAAGGCUCCAGACAGGAGAGGUGGUCACAGAUGUAACACAACAGACACUAUUGAAUUUGAGAACUGAGGCAGGAAUAUGAAUUUCCACCUUGUAUUUAGAUAACCUGUGGCAUUUAAGGGUCAGAGUUUGGAUUAAAAUCUUAGAAUAGAUAAAUCAUCAUGAAAUCUUGGUUCCCCUGAAUAGAAAUGGCACCACACUGACAUUUGUUCCACAUGGUGACCCAGUCUUGACAUUGGGAUUGCAAUAAAACACACAGACAAGCACACUUGAUGUUUAAUUGGUGGUGAGUAAUAUUCUCUCUACAAGCUUAUUUAGUAAAGAGAUGGCACUACUAAGUCAGACUCUCACCCUUGUUUCCAAGGCUGUGAGCUUCAUUACUUGUCCCUCUUCAUUUCAGGUGUCUCCUGCCCUUUUAAACAAGGCUGCUUUAUCAGGCAUGGCCCUCAGGCUAACUGGCCCACAUUGGCCCGUAAUGCUAAAUUCACCCCGAAAACUAAACUUGCAACGAUCGUGAGCAGCAAAUAUUUGGUUCUCACAAUUUUUGGGUUGCAGUUUUGGGAGAACCAUAUGUGUUCACACACUAACAAUCCCAGUAUUGUAGAAAUAAUAUUUAAAGCGUUUUAGGGUCAAGUGUUUAGAGGAGGGCUGGAAUACAUGAGGUCUCGCCCAGGUCACAGCCAGAAGCACUAAUCAGUGUGAGGAUGUAGGUGUGUCAGGGCACUGAAAUCCUGAGAAUAACUCUUUAACCUCCUUAUGUAGGUACACACAUUCAAGCCAUCAUGCUUUGAUAUGUUUAUCAUAGCAAAAACAUUUGAUUUUUUCUUUGUAUAUAUAUAUAUAUUUUUGGUAAUGUAAAAGCUACAGAAAUUCUUAGCUUAGGCAGGAUCAUCUUACAUGAUUGCAAGAAAUUGCCUUCCAGUUGUAUGAACCUCUCAUGCACAAUCAAUCUUAAUCUUAUGUUACUUUUUAUAUAUAUAUAUAUAUAUAUGUGUAGAUUAAAUGUGUAAACUUAAGAGCCUUUCUGUCAUAGAAUAAUGUAUUCUAUACAGUUCAGAUCUUCCCAGUACAUUUUUUUCUGUGGUAUAUUUUUCAUCUGAGACUGUCUUGCAGUCUCAUUCUUUCUGUGGAAAAGCAUUUGUUUAGUCCUAUCUGGUCAGAGUGAAAGUAUUUUGUAAUAAUGUCCAGACAGCAUAAAUAUGCUCAAAGCUCAAACCAAAGGUUCAUACUCAUUUUAUAAGCAAAACUAGGAAAUCUUUCUUUGGUCCAUGAACUUUCUAAUAAUUUUUACUCUUGUAAUGUAUAUGUUUAAGUUCUAACUGGAAAAUAUCCAGCUUAAGGCAAACCUUGGACACACAUCCCUUUGUUGUCCAAAUAAAGGAGUUGCAGAAUAUAUUAAGGGUCAAAGUUUUUCUGAAAAGCUGCUUCUCACAUCUGUUGAAAUUUGAGAUAAUUGUAAUUUGUAUUGUCAGAAAAUUUGUUUAAAGCUCUCCUUUGUAACUCUAUAGGCUAAAGUUCAUCGGACAACAAGUGCUCUUAUUUUUGACCCGUUUUAAAUAAGGGAUUUUAUAUUGUGUAUACAACUACUGCAAAUGCCAACAGCUGGAUUAAAAUUAUAAAUAUA